GAUCUGCUUUUCUAUAAAAAAAACAUUAGCUUCACCACACUUUCAUAUGAUGUUUUGCAAAAGAAACAAUCUCUCUCUUUCGCUCCAUAACCAGACUAUUUUUCGGUCGUACUUCAGUUCUGCAGUUUAGUCUCUAUGGCUUGUGGGGAGAUUUGCUUUGUGGAAAACAUUCUCAUUUGAUACCGAGCUUUGUGUGAUUCGUUACAUCUUUUGACUGCUUGACGAGACGUUUCGUUGUAUUAUUCUCUUUAUUAUGGCAGAAGAAGACAUAUGGGAUAGCUGGGAAGAUUUUGCGGAUAGUAAUGAUCUAGACAAGCACGUUGAUCAACAUUUGCAACUUACGAAUGGAAAUUCUCACAAAGAAGAAAAUGGAAGCAAAUUUUCUGACGAUGACCAAGACUUUAGCGAUGAUUUUAUUUGUGAAAAUAACGUUAAUAAUGGAACUCAGUUCAGAAUAUUACCGAGACCAGUAGUUCAUGAAGAAGAUCAGCAUCGGACAUCAUAUAAACCGCAAGUAAAAAUACUAAAAAGGCCUGGAAAAGAUUUGCAAGAUGAUGAUAAAAAAGCAAAAGAUAAAUUGAAAUCUCAGCCAGCAAGAUCGCUAGCAGAACGCCAAGCUGCUUACGCUGAAGCAAGAAAUAGAAUAAUGGGGCAUGGAGUUACCCAAGGUGAUAGUAAUGCCACUGUUAGUAAUUCAGCUUCGUCGUCUAAAUCCAGAUCCGAGCAUCGCAAAUCAAAAAGCAAAAAAUCAGAUAGCCCGAAAACCAAGUCUGCGCAAGUCGAGAGGCUGCCCAAAGGUCCUGAUAAAACAGGCCGUGGUUUUACUACUCCGAGGUGAUACAAAAAAAAACUGCAUGGUGUGGAAAAAAGAAUCACAAAAUGUGCCACUGCGGCUUCAAGAUUGUGCCACGUAUUCGUGCCACUAAAUAUAUUCACCGGAUUAGGGAGAGAUCACUAUAAUGCCAUGUCUUUUUGAGCUAUAAGUCAUUCUUUGUAUUGCGCUUAGCUCUAAAAGAACAUUGUGGCAGUAAGGUUGAAAACGGCUUAUGAAUGUCGGUAAGGUGAUGGUCAAGUGAGGAACGAAUUAGAACACUGGAUAAUGACAUGUUGAACGCAACAGUGAAGGAAUCGGCCAUGAGUAAUUUCUGGUUAAAUUCAUUUGCAGAGCUGAAGCACAGAUAUGAGAUGGACGUGGGUGAAGUCGGCCUGGAAUAGAGAUGUACUGAUAUUUGUCAGUAUUGAAUAUUACUCUCUAAUUGUUAACUUCGAAAGCCGAAUUAUCAAAAUUUAACAUUUCGUAUUACGUUAUUAAGUUAAGGAGUAUCAGGCCUGAACUUAAGGAGGAAUUUAGUAAAUGACGUCAUGAAUAUCUUUUCGUCAUACUUUAUUUACAUUUGUGACUGUCAUCUGCAAGGUAUCCGAAUACACCAGUAAAGGAAUAUUGGUGCAAUACGAACAAUAUCUGUAUGUCUCUAGUCUGGGAUACUUUAUGCCUAAAUAAUGUAAAUAAAACUUCAAGAAUUUGGUAUGGGCUGAAAAUUUUGGUGUUACAAUCUUUUUUUAUACUAUUUUUGCUUUUCCACAUUUUUUUUUUUUGAAAAAAAUUUUUUACACAUACAUUUUUUGGAAUCUGGUAAAACAUAAUCAAGAAAUUAACAAUAUUUUCCGAUUAAAAACCAUUUUCCAAAUUUUACACGAUAUAUUUGUACAUCCACUGGGUGGAUGGUGCCAUCCAAUUAGGUAAAUUUUCCACAUAGAUAACGAACUGGAUAAUCAAGAAUUUUAGAAGUAAAUUGCUGAAGGACGUAAGAGGACUUUUGACUGUUUUGAUUCCAAACAAAUUUUACUAUUAGAAAUUUGAUUCACUGUUUCAUAGAUGUACUAUAUAUACAUUUUUACUUUUUUUUAUUGAUAAAAUUUGUGAAGGAGGAAGAAUUUCAACACUCCCAAGGGUUCAAGUAACGAAAUCCGUCAUUGGUUAAAUCCAAUUUGGUCUUGUGCUAUACACACCCUUAAUAAUACAGAACUCCAGAUCGUUGUACUUUUUUUAUGUGGACAAUCUCAAUUUCAUUUUACUUAACACUGGUUGAUAGUUUUUACAAUAUGUCAAAAAUGAGAAAGUUGAAAUUUUGUAAAUUUUUUUGGAGAAAAUAAAUAGUAAUCUCAGCUAGUCUGGGAUUAUUGUUAAGUUCAAUCCUGAUUGGCGAGAUACUUUUUUGUUGUGCAUACGUCCAGUUUAGGAAAUUGGUGACCACUUGUCGAGCCAAAGGUUGGUUUCAUUUUAGAUAUCAAUAAUGCUGUAUAGAUAUGAGAAUUAUUCAAGCAAGAUGUCCAAAUAUCUAAUCAUAACCCAAUUUUGUCGAAAUCACAAGAACGAGCUUUCCAAAAUUUUAAUGGAGAUUCAAAAUUUGAACUUGUACUGGAGAGUUUGACAAUGUGACCUUCUGGGAACUCCCCCAACACGUCUUUUCUCAUUACUUGUUUCUCAUUUUUGCAAUUUAUAUUUAUGCUAUUCAAAUCCAGUGAUUUAGGUUAUAUAGUAUGAUACUUGAAAAAACUAAUUCAUUUACUUUGUCAGUGCCAUCCUAGCAAUCUGAAUUCUGGUAUCAUUUUUGCUUCAGAAUUCUCAAAAUUUCAGAUAGAGCUAAACAUUUUUAAAAAAAUUUCUUUGUGCAAUCUUUUUUAUUGUGCUUUUUUGUGUGGAAGUUCGGGACUUUCUUACUCAAAUGUGCUCAGUUUAUUAUCAGAUGAUACACUGUGCAGACUGCUUUAUCCAUGGUUUUCAGCCUGUUUUCACACAGUUCACCAAAGCAGGAUUUCAAGAUCCAAACAUCGAAGCCGUUUUAUGAAUAUUUUGGAUUUCAUUAGGGCUUUGCAUAUAUAAUAUUAAAUAAUAAUGUUGUUUUUUAUCUUAUUGUUCGAAGAAGUAUUACUUCAUUUUCAUGUAAAAUUUUGACCUGGAAAUUACAAAGGCUACAAAUUAGUAUAAAUAGAUCCUGAUUGAUUACUUAUGGUUGUUGCUUGGAUAUUUUACUUGUGGGUAUAUUUCGUUUAUUACAUUUGAGCAUUGAUUAAAAAAAUUUGCUUCAGAUCAAACUGGGUUGUAUUAUAUUUGUCUUAAUUAUUUCAAAUAUCGAUUUCGAAAUAUAAAAUUUCCUCUGUUCAACUUUAGGCUCAUUUAGGCUCUUCUCAUUUGGGCUCGGUGGGGGAAAGUAUGGUACUUAAGGCUAUGCUACGGAAUAUGCUAUGGUAUGAAAUCUUUGAAUAUAAGUUAUACAUUGCUUAUGGAGUGUGACUGGUUAGUUAAAGUUUGAAUAUGAUAUUGGCACUUGGAAGAAUUCAGGUCUAUUGAGACUGAUUAUUUUCCUCGUAUUCACUGUAAUUUGCUGAACAAGGAAACUAAUCCUUUUAAUAGUGGUAUCGGCUCUGUUUUUCGAAUAUCAGUCCAUUAAUUAAAUCAUUUCUUCCCCUAAUCGUCAAUGUGGCUCGUUGUCAUGUGCUGAUCUUGUGGGUUCAUUUCUAUGUUCUAAAUUCAUAUCACCACUUUCGUUAAUACAUAUUUCUUAUGCCAUA